UUUGUUGUGCUUGGAAUUAAAUAAAGAUUUAGAGGAUUUCAUAGAAACAAAUUCCACACAAUGGCAAGAGCUCAAUGUAACAAAAGUCCUGCAGAAACACUUUUGGCCAAUGAAAUUAAGUGCCUGCUCCUGGAUGUGUUCAUCCUGUUGGAAGCAACUGGAGUCUUUUAACUUAUUCUACACACGCAUAGAAGAGGCUCAUGCAAAUUUUGGCAGUAUUAAAAUUGAAGGAAAUCAAUGGGAGCCAAAAGUUGAAGUAUCAAAUAAUGAAAGUGGAGACUUUCACCAGAAUGUAAAAGAAACAAAAAUUAAAAGAGAGCCGGAAAAAGAUGCUUUUAAUGGUGAUGAUUCUGAUGGUAUUAAUGAUAAUGAUGAUGAAGAUACCGAUUCUGAACCAGACAAAAAUUCCGAAAUAGAAAAUAACGACUGUGAACCACAUAAAAAUUCGUCAGAAAUUAAAGAAUUCUUUCAACGCUAUCGUUUAGUUGACCAUUUACAAGUUCACUUCAAUCCAGAUCAUUUUAAAUGUAAGCACUGUGGUAAAGUUCUAUCAAAUUCAGAUAAUUUUCAAAAGCAUAUGCUGCGUCUACACCGGCCGAAAGGUGUUAAUUUGACACAUUGCUGUGAGAUUCUGUGGAAAGUCAUUAUGAAAGCCUCAUUAUUGCGCUACCAUAAAUUGCAACAUUUGCCUGAAGAGGAAAAGAAGUUUCCCUGUAAACAAUGUGGAAAAUUUAGUUACAAGUGCCGAAUACAAAUACAUAUGGACAAACACGAGGGCAUACCGCCACCGUCUAUAAGUUGUGAUAUCUGUGGUUUGCUAUUGACCAGCGAAAGAGGUUUAAAACGUCACAAAGACAAUCAACAUCCAGUGGGCGGCAAACAAGAUCAUCCCUGUCCGGUGUGUCACAAAAUAUCACCAACAAGGAAGGCUUUACUGAAACAUGUUAGUACGAUGCAUAAAAAAGGUUACGAUCACAAAUGCAACAUUUGUGAAAAGGCUUUCAAGAGGGCAGAAGCAUUACGGGAACAUAUGGCUUCACAUACCGGAACACCCUUAUAUACGUGUACUUGGUGUCCCAAGACUUUUUAUUCGAAUGGCAAUAUGCAUGCCCAUCGCAAAAGAGUACAUCGCAAAGAAUGGGAAGAAGCAAAACUUCAAAAAUAUUCGGGAAAAUUACCGAUAUUAAAUUAAUAAAAACAAAAUUACAAAAAAA